CGGACUGGUGUGAUAUUACUUCCGGGAGGAGCUAAGAUGGCGAGCCGCGCGCUGGUGGUGGCGCGAGGAGGGCUCGGCGGCCGUGUUAUCGGCCUCCGUGGCUGCCUGCCUCGUUAUCUACAAGGUUUUAUAGCUACGCCAUCCUUGACCUGCCCAUCCUUCCAUGGGCAUACGUUCCUUGUUCGAAGUUUUGCAGUUGAAGCAAAGAAAGUAUUUGUACGAGACAAACCGCACGUCAAUAUUGGAACAAUUGGGCAUGUGGACCAUGGCAAAACUACAUUAACAGCAGCCAUCACCAAAAUUCUGGCAGAUACUGGAAGCACCACGUUCAAGAAAUAUGAAGAAAUUGAUAAUGCACCUGAAGAGAAGGCACGUGGGAUCACAAUCAAUGCCUCCCAUGUUGAAUAUUCAACAGCUAACCGCCAUUAUGCCCACACAGACUGCCCUGGGCAUGCUGAUUAUGUUAAGAACAUGAUCACAGGAACAGCGCCACUGGAUGGCUGCAUCCUUGUUGUAGCUGCAACAGAUGGACAGAUGCCACAGACAAGGGAGCAUCUUUUGCUUGCCAAACAGAUAGGAGUGAAGCAUGUUGUAGUGUUCAUCAACAAAGCUGAUGCAGUCGAUGAUGCAGAGAUGUUGGAGCUGGUAGAGCUGGAGAUCCGUGAGCUGCUCACAGAAUUUGGCUACAAUGGGGAGAAAACGCCUGUUAUCUCAGGCUCUGCUCUGUGCGCCUUGGAGCACCGAAAUCCAGAGCUGGGCCUGAACUCCAUCAUGAAACUGCUGGAUGCGGUGGAUACAUACAUUCCUGUGCCACAGCGGGAGCUUGAGAAGCCCUUCCUGCUUCCCAUAGAGCACGUUCACUCCAUACCAGGCCGAGGCACUGUGGUAACUGGUACCCUUGAGCGUGGCAUUAUCAAGAAAGGAGACGAUUGUGAAUUUGUAGGGCACAACCGGGACUUGCGCUCAGUCGUAACUGGUAUUGAGAUGUUCCACAAACAACUGGAACGGGCAGAGGCUGGUGAUAAUUUGGGCGCUUUGGUGCGGGGGCUGAAGAGAGAGGAUAUACGGCGGGGGAUGGUUAUGUGCAAGCCCGGCUCCAUCAAGCCGCACCAGAAGGUCGAAGCUCAGGUUUACAUCCUGAGCAAAGAAGAAGGUGGUCGCCACAAGCCCUUUGUUUCUAACUACACACCUGUCAUGUUUUCUCUGACCUGGGACAUGGCCUGCCGUGUAGAAUUGCCUGCAUCAAAGGAAAUGGUGAUGCCAGGUGAAGACACCGCCAUUAUUUUGGCAUUGCGACAGCCCAUGGUUUUGGAAGAGGGGCAGAGAUUCACGCUACGGGAUGGACACAAAACCAUUGGCACAGGAGUUGUCACAAAAAUACUGCCAGUAACUGCAGAAGAUAAGGCAAAGUGGGAAAAUUAAGUAUAUCCCUCCAAAGGAUGCUGUGAGGCAUUUCAGUCCACUGAACAUGCAGAACACAUGAAACCAGGAGUUAAGUGCGUUGCAGAAAGAGGAAUGAUAUGUGUUGAAAGCUUCACAAGCUAUGAACGGUUUCUUGGAAUAAAGCCCCUUGCUGCUGAAAUUAUACCCUAACUAAAGUAAGUGGUUAGCCUUAUGACCUUGGCUGAGGCGAGAAAAGCCUAAUGUGUUCUGCUCAUUUCAAGGGUGGGUGGGGAGGGCAAGUUGGUUAAAUAAAAGACUUGAAAGCUAAUCUUGAGUGCUAUUCUGUUAAGUGGUGUAAUUUUUUCAUGAUACCCUUUGAGACACACACUGUUGUACUACUAAAACAAAAUUAAGAUUAGGUAAAACUAAUUAUCUUCUUAGGUAAAACUUAAGGUAAAAAUUUUAGGUAAAAAUUAAGAUUAGGUAAAACUAAUUAUCUUCUUGCACUCUAUGGGACUCUCAAGAGUCUCCUCCAGCACCAUACAAUUAGUUUUGUUGUUGUUUAGUCGUUUAGUCGUCACGAAGAGUCGGACACUCUCAAGAGUCCCAUAGAGUGCAAGAAGAUAAAACCUAUCCAUUCUUAAGGAACUCUGCUUUGAAUGCUCACUGGAAGGACAGAUCCUGAAGCUGAGGCUCCAAUACUUUGGCCACCUCAUGAGAAGAGAAGACUCCCUGGAAAAGACCCUGAUGCUGGGAAAGAUUGAGGGCACAAGGAGAAGGGGACCACAGAGGACGAGAUGGUUGGACUGUGCUCAGAGCUACUAACACGAGUUUGACCAAACUGCGGGAGGCAGUGGAAGACAGGAGUGCUUGGUGUGCUCUGGUCCAUGGGGGUCACGAAGAGUUGGACAUGACUAAACAACAAAAUCUUAUGUGUAGUUAAUGGGUACAGGUAUCUGCUUGCAGGGGCACCAGCACUUGUCAGUUGAUCUCAGAUAGUUAAGAAUUUGGAGCCUGGAUACAUUAUCCAGCCCCGAAGUGCCUAUUGAGCAGCUUGAAUCCACAGACAGGUUUCCUCUUGUGCACUCAAAGCCUGAAUAGACAAGCAUAGGAAGCCUUAUUUGUGUGAACUCCUUUAAAUGACACAUGGAGCCCAAAGCAGAGGUGGCUCUGUACAUCCUGCACUCCAGCAAGUAUGGACAGCAUUACCAGGCAGGGGUGUCUUAAGGGCAUCUCUACAGAUCAUACAACAGUACCUAGUUCAAGUACAUUUUCUAAUUUAGUAAUAUUAGUAAAAAGUAGAUGUACUUCCUCUUCCCCCUAUCAGCUCUUUUUGAAUAUUGAAAGGACUAAAUCAUCCUUGUGAUAUGAAAAUCACCACCAGUACUCAAGUGCUGCUCUUUUUAAAAAAAAAAAAGGAUAUCAGGAGAGUAACUCACUGAAGGCAGCAGGGCGGGAUA